UAAUAUUUCGAAUAACUAUGAGAAGUCACGAACCAGAAAUUGGUUCACCAUAACACAGGACUGUGGUCAGUCAAAAGUUGUGCUCCUCACCAAAUUUCAAGAAAAAAGUCACAUUUUUCUACAUAUUGACGUAGCUUGUGUGUUUGCUGGGUUCCAUUCUGACGAAAUCUAUUCCUCUUUAGUUCAUUUAGAGUGUGUACCAAAGAGACUAAAACAUCAAAAGACAUGGCAUAGUGUUUAUCAGAAAAUGAUUAAACUUCCGAAAAUGAAAUGGACGCUUUAGUCGGUUUUUUAAAGAAUUUAUCAAUGCAUCUUUAACUGUAUCACAAGAGAUAAACCUAUUACUUUCUCAUCAAGGACAUCUCAUCAAAGUGAUGAAACUCGCUCCAAACUCAUCAUCUUGCUUUAACUAGAAGAAGUCAGAAUAUAAUGCGACAGUUAUACGAGAAAAUCACAUUAUUGACGCUAUCUUCUCACCAUUGUCAUGCGAAUUCUAUCAUUCCCUUUCCAUCAUAUACAUCGCUUCCUUGUAGUGCCUGAGACAUGGAUUUACAUUAUGCUUUCUUGGGGUUAAUUCCAAAUGGAUACGAAUAUCGUACGUUUGCAGUCUGAAAUCUAGCAUUUAUACGGCUGAGCUAUUCGUAAAUGUAUAUCUACAUCUUACAGAUGAAUAAAAAGUAGAAUUGCAAUAAUCCUCGUACUGCAUACUGAAAACAGUGUAAAGAACAAAAAUUAAAUACAAAGGAUAACGGAGCUGCCUGAACCAUAAAUAAGAAUCCACGCUAUUUUGGUGGCAUUUCUUUAUUAGUUCUUAAGAGUAACAUAUAUAGAGAUCCGUCGUAGCCCACGCUGAACAUUACGAGAUCAUAUCUCAACAUGUGAUAAUGAUAUUUUUUGUAUUUGCAAAUUUUACAGAUCUAAGAUAUUCAAUAGCUGAAAGCUGAUUUAAGAUUUCAACAUUUAUUCGUCUGUAGGAUAACCUUUAUGAAAAUAAAUUUUGUAGCUAUAUGCUUGAAUCAUCAGUACCACUCGCGUUUCACGGAGAAGAAACUGUUAAACUCAUAUUUUAUUCACGUUGAAUAUUUUUAACAUUCGUUUAGCGCAUGUAGAGCUGCCUUAGAAUCAUUUAUUUUUCAAGUUACCACUGAUUAGUACAAUAUCUUCAAGCGUUUACUCCGAACAGAGAAAAGUAAAUAAACAGAAUUUUUGUUUUGAACAUUCAUUUAUUUUAUCACUGCUCACUAGUUAAUUAUUGGUAACUUUUUAUAUUUAUGGAGAAAAAUAAUUGAACAAAAUAUUAAGGGUCAUUCUAUGCAGUNUCAUCUUUUCUUCACGUUCAAUAUUUUUACCAUUCGUUUAGCGGAUGUAGGGCUGCCUUGUAAGGGUCAUCCUUGUGCCAAUUGCAGAAAAUGUUGUGAUUGGCAAUAUACUGGCAAUUCGGUAGAUUGGCAAUGGGUCCGCAAUAUCAAAAAUUGGAAAGAAAGUGAUAGGCAGCAUUGGAACAAUGGUAAUUAUUACCAGUACUUCCAGCUUCGUGAUGGAGCAACAUGUGAUCGUGGUGGUCGUUAUGGUAUUGCUCGUAAUCUUUAUCAUGUUGGACUUGGUAGUUUUCUUGGUAGUAUUGGUAGUGAUGU